GGGAGACAUGCGGCUUCCCCAGGGCACGAGGGGAGCACCUCUCCGCGGCUAGCAGCGGCGGGCCGGGGGCUGGGCUCCGCCCUGCUCUCUCCCUUGCGUGGGGUGGGGCUCCCCUUGGUGAGAAAUAUCGCCCGGAGCCUGGCCCCAGCUUGCCCGCCGUACUCUAGACGCUGCCCGAGGGGCUUGCGCCCGCUCACCGCCCAGGGUGUCCAAUGAGGCCAAGGCCAGGCGGCUCUGUCUGCCCCUUCCCCAGCCCCUCGCUAAACCGCCGCUGUGCGCCGGGGCGGCACAUCUGGCGAGCUGCCGCGCUCGACCCCCUGCCGCCGCUUGUCGGGCGGGCCGGCGCCGCAGAGAAGAGGGCGGGGAGGGAACCCGCGUGGGACCCACAAGUGAGCCGGCUGGGCUCCCAAGUGCAGGGGCUGCUCCCCGGAGCCCCGCAAGCUGCCGGGGCUGGCGGCUGUGGACCUCGCCGCGCUCUGCGGGGAGCCAUGCGGGUCUGGGAGAGGCGGAGAGGGGGGCUCGCCUCAGGCGGGGCCCCCGUGUGGGCUGCGCUGCUCCUUCUCCUGGGCCGUUACCUGAGGACUGCCCACGCCUACAACCUGGACACGCAGCACCCCGUGGUCUUCCAGGGGCUCAACGGGACAUUGUUUGGCUAUUCGGUUGUGCUGCACAGUCAUGGCACUAGUAGAUGGUUGGUUGUGGGAGCCCCUAAAGCCAACUGGUUGGCAAAUAGCUCUGUGGUCAAUCCAGGUGCAAUUUUCAGGUGCAGGAUCGGAAGCAACCCCAGUGGGACUUGUGAACAGCUCCAGCUGGGCAAUCCAGCAGGAGACUAUUGUGGAAAGACCUGUUUUGAAGAGAGAGAUAAUCAGUGGCUGGGUAUCAGCUUGUCAAGGCAGCCAAGGGAAAAUGGAACCAUUGUUGCAUGUGGACAUAGGUGGAAAAAUAUAUAUUACAUAAAAAAUGAACACAAACUCCCUAAUGGCGUUUGUUAUGAAAUUCCUCCUGAUUUUCGAACACAGCUAAGUAAAAGAAUAAGUCCAUGCUAUAAAGAUCAUGUGCGAAAGUUUGGAGAAAACCAUGGGUCAUGUCAGGCUGGGAUGUCUAGUUUUUACUUUAAGGAUUUAAUUAUAAUGGGAUCCCCAGGAUCAUAUUAUUGGACUGGUUCUGUCUUUGUGUACAAUACCACUGCAAAUACCUUUAAAGCUUAUACAGAUGUGAGGAAUCAAGUAAAAUUUGGAAGUUACUUAGGAUAUGCUGUUGGAGCUGGCCACUUUCUGACACCAGCUAGUACAGAAGUAAUUGGAGGAGCUCCCCAACAGGAGCAGACUGGUAAAGCAUACAUUUUUAGCAUUGGGACAAGGGGAUUAAAUAUUCUGUCUGAACUAAAGGGUAAAAAGCUUGGUUCUUAUUUUGGAGCUGCUGUUUGCGCAGUGGAUCUGAAUACCGAUGGCCUCUCAGACUUACUGGUUGGCGCUCCAAUGCAAAGUAAAGUCAGAGAAGAAGGAAGGGUUUAUGUUUAUAUCAACUCAGGUUCUGGAGCAGAAAUGCUAGAAUUGGAGAUAGAACUAGCUGGAAGUGACUUUUAUGCAGCGAGGUUUGGAGAAUCCAUAGCUAAUCUAGGAGACAUUGAUAAUGAUGGUUUUGAAGAUGUUGCCAUUGGGGCUCCCCAGGAAAAUAAUCUCGAAGGAGCAAUUUAUAUAUAUAAUGGCAGGAAGGAUGGGAUAUCUUCAUCCUUCUCGCAGAGAAUACAAGGACACAGAAUCAGCAACACUUUAAGCAUGUUUGGACAAUCCAUAUCAAGUGGCAUUGAUGCAGAUAACAAUGGUUAUCCAGAUGUAGCAGUUGGUGCCUUUCUCGAUGAUUCUGCCGUGCUGCUGAGAACAAGACCAGUGGUGGCUGUUGAAGCUUAUUUAAAACACCCUAAUGCUGUAAAUCGAACUAAUUUGGAAUGUGUGGAAAAUGGUCAACCUGCUGUGUGUGUGAAUUUAAUGCUUUGCUUUACCUAUAAAGGACGAGAUGUCCCCGGUUAUGUUGUGCUGCUUUAUGAUCUAAGUGUUGAUGUAAGCAGAAAAACAAACACUCCUGCAAGGUUUUACUUUUCUUCUAAUGGAACAUCAGAUAUCGUCUCAGGAAGUAUGGAGAUUUACAACAGCAAUGUUACCUGCAAAAGUCAUCCAGCAUUUUUGAAGAAAGAUGUAAGGGAUAUUCUGACUCCUAUCCACCUUGAAGCAACUUAUCGUCUUCGGCAUCAUGUUCUAAGGAAAAGAAGUGUGGAGGAAUUCCCACCACUUGAACCAGUUCUUCAGCAGAGGAAAGAAAAAGACAUUAUAAAAAACAAGAUGGUUUUUGCAAGAUUUUGUUCCAAAGAAAACUGUUCUGCUGACUUGAAAGUUUCUGGAAAACUUGCAUUUUCAAAACCUCAUGAAAAGAAAACAUAUCUUUCAGUUGGAAGUAUGAAGACUUUACUCUUGAAUAUAGCACUAAGCAAUGCUGGAGAUGAUGCAUAUGAAACUGCCCUCCACAUCCAACUCCCUAAAGGUCUUUAUUUUGUCAGAGUUCUAGAACAGGAAGAAACACAGAUACAUUGUAAAAUAUCUGAUAAGGAAGCUCAUGCAAUGAGACUUUACUGCAAUGUUGGAUAUUUAUAUGUAGAUCAUCUGUCAAAGAUGGAUUUUAGUUUUCUCUUGGAUGUAAGCUCACUUACCAGGGCAGAAGAUGACCUCAGCAUCACAGUUAAUGCUACCUGUGAAAAUGAAGAGGAUAAAGACCUGCUGUUGGAUAACUCCAUAACUUUAGUCAUACCUCUGAAACAUGAGGUCGAGCUAAAUGUCCAUGGAUUUGUAUUACCAGCUUCAUUUGUUUACGGACCCAAUGAGAGAAAUUCAUCAUUUAAUUGUAUGGAGGAGAAGAUCAACUUCAUUUUCCACGUUAUCAGUGCUGGACCGAGCAUGGCUCCUGCUGUAGAUUUGGAGAUAAUGGUUCCUAAUUCUUUUGCACCAAGAGAUGAAAAGCUGUUUAACAUUCUGGAUAUCCGGACAGCUGAUGGAGAAUGUUUUUAUAAUAAUUAUACAAGAGACUGUGCUUUACCAGAAAAAAAUGGACUCAUGAACAUAUUAAAGGAUCUCAUCAUUUUCUUUUCAAAGCCUAUUAAGAGGCAACUGUACUGCAUGAAAGAAGAUCCUUCGUGUUUACGAAUACAGUGUAAAUUUGGAAACAUGGAAAGUGGAAAAGAAGCAAUUGUCCAGAUGCAACUGGAAGCUACUCCUUCAGUUUUAGAAAUGGACGAGGCAUCAUCACUUAAGUUUGAAAUAAGUGGUACAGCAUCACCAGAAAAAAAUCCAAAAGUCAUUGAACUACACAAGGAAAAGCAAGUUGCACAUGUCUUUUUGGAAGGACUACAUAACCAAAAGCCAAAACAUCAUGUUACCAUGCUGAUUAUUGGGAUUGGUUCAGUAUUAGGCAUUUUAUUGUUUUUGCUUAUAGUGCUGUUAUUAUGGAAGUCUGGCUUCUUUAAAAGACGUUAUCAACCUAUCCCUCAAGAGCCCCAAAGAGGAAGUUGGAACUUUGUAAACAGCAAUAAGGAGGACUAAGAUGACAAUUAAAGGCUUCCUUCAAAUGAUGAAUUUCAGACUCUGUAACUUACAUGAUGAACGCUGAUGAGAGAAAACUGAGGAGUCUGUUGUUUACUCUUCGUGUUAGAAAAUACAUUUGAUUUUGCUGAUCUGUGGAGGAUUACACCUAAAUGUAGCAUCAUCUUACUAAAAUGCAAAUGACAAUCGGAUCCUCAAAUAAAGAAACUGUAAUAGUAAUAUCUGAAA